UCGCAUCAAAAUCAAAUCCGAAACCCUAGAAUUCUAGCUGAAAAUGUCUGGCCGUGGAAAGGGUGGAAAGGGCUUGGGUAAGGGAGGUGCCAAGCGCCACCGGAAGGUUCUCAGAGAUAACAUUCAGGGUAUCACCAAGCCUGCCAUUCGCCGGCUUGCGAGAAGAGGUGGUGUGAAGAGGAUCAGUGGGCUGAUCUAUGAGGAAACCAGAGGGGUUCUUAAGAUCUUCCUUGAGAAUGUGAUUCGCGAUGCUGUGACCUACACUGAACAUGCGAGAAGGAAGACCGUCACCGCCAUGGAUGUGGUUUAUGCUCUCAAGAGGCAGGGAAGGACCCUUUAUGGAUUUGGCGGUUAAUUGUAAUUUCUUAAAAGCUUUUGAUCCAUCGCUAGUGGAUGUAGAUUGUGUUUUUAGAUUGUUUUUAAGGACUCUUGUUUCACUGUUGUCUGCAACUCUCAUUUUCCACAAGUAAUGGAAAUUUGAACUUUGCCCAAUUUGUUUUGGAUUCUUUUCGUUUCCCUUUCAUCAAUGUUCAUCUUUGGUUGUUGAAAGAAUCCAGUGUGGAAAAAAGGGGGAGUCUGUCAACAGCUUGGAUUGGAAAGCUAAUUGCAUGAUUCGAUUGUCUUUUGUUUAAA